AAGAAAAAAGGGAGUAGAGGGAGGGAGGAGCAGAAGUACAGGUGGGAAGGAGAAAAGGAAUAACAAAUUGUCAUGGUUACUGAAGGAACCAAGCUUAGGUAGUUAAAAAAAUAGCGGCAACAAGCACAAAAAAUAACAAAAUCUACGUUGGGUAAGGUCUAUGUGAAUUUGUCUUCUGGUGACUUCUGAGUACCGGUAGGAUGUGAGAAUAUGCCACAGAGAUGCCUGGAGAAAGGACAUUUGAGGAGCAGUCUGGGAUGAGUGCGGGACAUGGACUCAGAGUGGCCGCAUGGAGGCGGACACUGGGUCCGGGGAAAUCGGAUCGCGCCUUGUCAUCAGCUCUAAAGGAACUUGGGAGCCACUCACAAUGGCUAAAACCGCCAGUCUUCCCCCUAGGCCUGUGCAAGUGUCCGGCAGAUGAUCUUUGAAUUUGGAUCAAACUCCACACAGCAGAAAACUCUGGAAUUUCUAAACAGGGAACAGCCAGCCAAUGUGCAACGAUGGCACUGAGCCACUCCGUGAAGGAGCGCACCAUCUCUGAGAACAGUCUGGUCAUCCUGUUGCAGGGCCUCCAGGGCCGGAUAACCACCGUGGACCUUCGAGAUGAGAGUUCGGCCAGAGGACGAGUUGACAAUGUCGAUGCUUUCAUGAACAUCCGCCUGGCUAAUGUCACCUAUACUGACCGCUGGGGACAUCAGGUUGAGCUGGAUGACCUCUUUGUGACCGGUCGUAAUGUCCGAUAUGUCCAUAUCCCAGAUGAUGUGAACAUCACUGCCACCAUCGAGCAGCAGCUGCAGAUCAUCCAUCGUGUGCGCAACUUUGGUGGCAAGGGUCAAGGUCGACGAGAGUUUCCCUCCAAAAGGCUGUGAGGCCGUGUCCUCAUUGAACUUCCAGCGCCACCUCAGGGUCCUCCCGUGUUCCGAGCCAACUCCUGCCACCCUUCCCUGCCAGUGACCUGGUAUCCCAGAGACACCUGUCACAGCUGCCUUUCAUAGGGUUCCACUUUGCAGAGAUACUCUGGGACCCUGAAUUCCUUCUGUCUGUGGCAAUCCUUCUUUUUGAUCAUUUGCAUCUGGAAUCUCCAUUUACCGAUUGACCACGUCUAUCAAGGAGUAAUCAACUCUCCCAGUGAGGAUUAUUGUGUUUGGAGUGGAUCAACUCUCACUUCUCUUGGCAUUUGUUUCUUUUCUCAUAAAACCAAACUUGGAUAUA